AUGGCUGAUCCAGAAGAGAAAAAGACGAGCCAGUCUCCAGAGAACGACGUGGGUCAGACGAGGAGGAGCCAAGAUACUACCACGACUGAAGAAGGCGUCAUUACUCAAGUACAGCAGCCGGAUCAGCAAAUCUCAACCUCGGAGAAGGACAAUGGAGACAUGUUUCCCCCUCAGAACGAUGUUCCACCUCCACCGCCGAAUGGGGGAUAUGGCUGGGUUUGUACAGCCUGCGUUGCCAUCAUAAACGCUCAUACAUGGGGUCUCAAUUCGAGUUACGGCGUCUUUCUCGCCCAUUAUAUCCAGAACGACACAUUCCCUGGUGCGACCUCUCUCCACUACGCCUUUGUGGGAUCCCUGAGUAUCGCAUGCGCCAUGUUGGUAUCACCUCUAGCUACCAUGUGUGUUCGGGACUUUGGUACCAAGCCAACUCUCUUCUUUGGCAUUAUCCUCGAAACUGCUAGUCUCAUAUGCGCCAGCUUUGCCUCCAAGAUCUACCAGCUGUUCCUUACACAAGGUGUUUUGUUUGGUCUCGGGAUGGGUUUCCUCUUUGUUCCCAGCGUUGGUAUUGUUCCCCAAUGGUUCACUACUCGUCGAUCUCUGGCAAAUGGUAUCUCGGCUGCUGGAUCAGGUCUUGGCGGUCUUCUUUACUCCUUGGCGGCCGGAGCCAUUAUCCGAAAUAUCAGUCUCCAAUGGGCCUAUAGGAUUCUCGGUAUCAUUGUCUUCGUUGUUAACAUCAUCUGCACCAUCCUAGUCAAAGAUCGUAACAAGAUCGUUGGCUCUCGACAGGCUCCCUUUGACCUCAGUCUCUUCAAGCGCCCCGAGUUCCAUCUGCUCCUCGGUUACGGUUGGUUCAGCAUGCUGGGAUACGUCGUUCUCAUCUUUAGUUUAGCCAACUACGCAAAUUUUAUCGGCCUCGAUGCUUCCCAAGCAGCCAUGGUCAGCGCCAUCUUCAACUUGGGGCAGGCUGUCGGUCGUCCCUUUAUCGGAUACUUUAGCGAUCGCACAGGACGUAUCAACAUGGCCUGCGCGACUACCUGGCUAGCUGCAAUUCUCGUCUUUGCAAUUUGGAUCAACGCAAAAUCAUACGGACUUUUACUCUUCUUCACCAUUGUCGGAGGUGCCAUGGCGGGAACGUACUGGGCGACUGUCGGACCGGUCACAGCCGAAGUUGUCGGUCUUGCCGACGUCCCUGCCGCACUCAACUUGACAUGGCUUGUUAUCAGCUUGCCUUGCACAUUCAGCACCCCAAUCGCACUGCAGAUCGUCGCAGGCACAGGCAAGUACAUCGGAGCUCAGAUUUUUGUUGGUUUCAUGUACAUCGCCGGAGGACUGUGCCUGUUCUUCCUUCGUGGGUGGAAGAUUGGUGAACUUGCUGAGAUAGCUCGUGCUACAAACCACGAUCCUGAGGAGAUCAGCCGGGUCAGGUCUCAGGCAAGCGGUGCUAUCAGCAUCAAGAGUAGGAGGAUUGGUCGGAAGAGGAUGCUGGGCGAAUGCUACAAGCCUGGCAAGGUCUAG